AUGUCUAUGCCGAUAAAUUGAAUAAAAAAUACUCUUUGGUCAACUUAUCUCUAUUAUCACUUGUCAUAAAAACUUUUUGACAGAUGCGGAAAUCACGAAAUUUAUCUAGCCAGUUGAUCGGAGGAAGCUCGAAUGAAGGACAUGCUUGCACUGUGGAAAAGCAGACUUCUGGCAGUUUUCUGCCCCAGUUACCCAAAGAAGCUAAUUGCUGCCAACGUCUCAUACGGCGCUAUAAAAAAUUCAUUCAGGUUUCGAAGAAAGAUCCUUUGACCCAGGAAUACUUCAGAAGCACAACAGGAUUUUUGAAUGAAAGGAAGAGGCAUGCCCAGUCUAAAUAUAGCUACAUCAUUCAUCCCUUCAGUGAUUUCGCAUUUUGUCGAGAGGUUAUAUUAUCGAUUGCCCUAUCCUCGGUAUACAUUUGCGCGCCGCUGGUAGCAUUUUUCAACGAUUUAGGAAUUUGUGACCAUCCUUUGAUUUAUAUGCAAGAAUUUAUGACAAGUGUUAUUUUCGUUUCUGAUAUCUUCGUCAGAUGUUUUAUAGCCAUUGAAAACAGAGAAACCAAACAAGUGUUAUUAGAGCAGGAGACAAUAAUUAGAAAAUAUUGUUUUAGCUUCUUCUUCAUCUUAGAUAUUCUUUCUGCUUUUUCUUUUUGUACAAUAAAUCACAUGAUUAACCUUGGGACGUACUUCUGGCUCACACACUUGAGAUUAUUAAAAAUCUUACGAAUUUUUCUCCUUCUAAAAUUUUGGAUGCACAUAGCUCAGAAAUGGAAUCUGAGCACCGUCACCAUAGAGUUGAUGAAAUAUUCCAUAAUGACCAUCCUGAUAAUCCACUGGGGCACAUGCCUCCUCUACUAUAUUUCUUCCUCGAUAGAUAAUCGCGAACAUGGAGGUUUGGAGGAUUAUAUAAUAAGUGGUUCUAUUUUCUCCCAUUACAGAACAUACUUCUACGAAACCAUGGGUAUAUUGAUUAGUGCGAGAAGCGCUUGUGGCAAAGAUUUCUCUUUGGGAGAAAUAAUAACGACAAGUAUAGGAUUCAUAUUUGGAAGAGUCUACAUGUUGGUAGUAACAGUUUCAAUAUUGAACCAAGUUCUCAAUCAAUGGUCCUUACAAACGAAGUACCUGGGUAUAAUAGAUCAGUUGAAGGAAUACAUGCGUUACAAAAAACUACCAAUGUACCUAAGGCAGAGGAUGUUGCAUUACUUCGAAUACAAAUUCCAACAUAAGUAUUUCCGAGAGAAUCUCAUCACAUCCAUGUUAUCAGAUAAGCUGAAACGUGAAAUCAACAUAGAAGUGUGCAAACGGCUUGUACAACAAGCUUCUUUUUUAGCAGAUCUUCCGACUAAAGUUUUGGGAAAUGUAUUGACGCACCUGAAAUCUGAGGUUUUCUUACCAAACGAUAUAAUUAUCAGAGCUGGAUCACCAGGAGACUGCAUGUAUUUUCUCUCAAGUGGAACUGUUUUGAUUACUACUCCUUCCGGAAAGGAGGUUUGCCAUCUGCAAGAUGGUUGCUACUUCGGCGAAAUUGCCCUGCUUUCCAAGGAGACCAAGAGGACAGCAAAUGUAAUAGCUCUGGAGAUAUGCGAAACGUACAGGCUGGAGAAGAAAAUAUUCAAAAUGAGCAUCAAGAAAUAUCCUGAAUGCAUGAAGGUCAUACAAGCUUUGGCGGAAUUGAGACAUCAGGAAACAUCCGCCUUGGAAGAAUUGCACAAGGAGGAGUUAUUUCACAAGACUUACAUUGGAGAUGAUGAAACUCUGGAAGGUUCAGUGCUGGGUGGUAGAAAGGGCUACCACCGUUCGAGAACUAGCUAAAUUUAAAAUAUUCGUGUCCCUAGUUGAGUAAUUGAGGUAUAACGUAGAUUGAAACUUUGAUUGUUAUAUCUAGCUGUUCAUCAUAAAAGUAUGUUAUACAGGGUGAUUCAUCGCGAUGGCCUAUUAGACGUUUAUGGAAAACUAAUCAUGAGUUUUUGCUGAAAAUUUUCAUGUUGAGGUUUGUGGCAAUGAUUUUUCUCCCUAAAAUAUUUUCAGAUCUCUACAACUUCCGGUUACACCGCAAACAGACUACUACUUCCUCAUUUCAAAUGUCACACCCAGUAUAUCAUUGCAUCAUUAGAUAGCUUUUUUCGAUGACAAUCAAUAUGGCAUAUCUUGAGUAGAAACGGUUCAUGAGUUAAUAGGAUUCUUAUGAAAAAAAUGAUGGCGUCGAGGACCCACAUUUUUUCAAUAUCUCUGCAAAAAAAGUUUUUUUCGUAAAAACCUUUUUCAUUUGAGAUUCUGCAACAACGUAGUAUUAUAAAACUGUUUGGGCUUGGAUGAUAAAUGUACAUGAACUAGGACAACUCAAAUUCAUCAAAACUCAAGAUUUUCAAAUAACAACCAAUAUUUUUAUUAUUUCAGUCGAUUCUACGUAUAAAAAGAGUGGGGUUUACUUGAGCAAAUCCUAUACCUUAAAAUGAAUACUUUGAGUGUUGUCGGGGAAGAACUUUAAAUGAGGAAAAACAGCAAUUUCUAACUGUGUGAGUGGUCUAUGACUUCCGGAAAAAAACAGAGAGAAAUUGAAAUACGAUGUUUCUUUGGAUGACUAAAUUUGACAUUUCAAGAAUUGUAACGAAUUAUUCGUAAUUGAAAAUUGUAUUAGUUGAUGAAUUUCUCUACAAUUCCAACGAAAAAUUAAUUAUAAUUCAUGAAAUGUUGAAUUUAGUUAUCCAAACAUCGAUUUUUAGUUUCUUUUCGUGUUAUCUGGAAAUUACAAACUACUACGCACAGUUAGGAAUUGCGGUUUUUCCUCAUUUAAAGCUCUUCCUCGAUAACUCUUG